AUGCCUGAGUUAGAUCUCAAGGAUAAUGAGGCUCCUCCCUCGACAGCAUCCGACCCAGAACCACAAACCAAACCAUCAACACCAACGAAACCCCAAUCACCAGUCAAAGAAGCAGCCUUCAUAGCAGUCGUCUGCGCCGCCCAAUUAAUGACCCAAGCCGGCCUCUCCCUAUCAAUCGCCCCGCUCCAUUACAUAGGUAAAAGCUUCAACACAACACCUCGAGAUCUGACCUGGGCCUCGGCAGCCUACAGUCUAACAGUUGGAACAUUCAUUCUCGUCUCGGGCAGACUGGGCGACACAUACGGCCACAGACUCCUCUUCAUCAUUGGUUUUACCUGGUUUGGGAUAUGGUCCCUUCUUGGCGGUUUUGCCGUAUGGUCGAAUCAGAUCUUCCUCGAUUGUUGUCGUGCCUUCCAGGGGAUUGGUCCUGCGCUGCUUUUGCCCAAUGCCGUUGCUAUCUUUGGGAGGACUUAUGCACCGGGCUUGAAGAAGGAUAUGGUUUUUUGUCUUUUUGGCGCUACUGCUCCUGGUGGAUUUACGCUUGGUGCUACGUUUUGUUCGUUGCUUGCUGAGCGUGUUUGGUGGCCGUGGGGGUAUUGGAUUAUGGGUAUUUCAUGUUUUUGUUUUGCUGUUUUGGGGUUUGUGCUUAUUCCUCGUGAUGAGAUUAAAGAUUCAGAGAAGACUGAGGGUUCAACCUUUGCUCGGCUGGAUGGGCUUGGUGCUAUCACUGGUGUGAGCGGUCUUGUGCUGAUCAACUUUGCGUGGAAUCAGGCUCCAGUGGUUGGGUGGAGAGUACCUUAUACCUAUGCUCUGCUGAUUGUCGGGAUACUAUUUCUUGUGGUGUUUACGAUCGUCGAGCGUAGAGCUGCCUACCCACUCCUCCCGAGUUCAGUAUUCAAGGGCGAAGUUGGCUGGGUUCUCGGCUGCAUGGCGGCGGGAUGGUCGAGUUUCGGGAUUUUGGUCUUUUACUACUACAACUUCCUUGAAACCAUCGAGCACAACAGUGGACUUUUGGUUACGGCAAAGUGGGCAGGAGCUUCUGCUUCUGGUGCAACCGCUGCUGUUAUAACUGGUCUUCUUUUGAGCCGGGUGCCACCGAGUUUCAUCAUGCUUGCCGCAAUGCUGGCAUUCACAAUCGGCUUAUCCCUUUUGGCCACUAUACCGCCUGGUCAGACCUACUGGGCCAACGCAUUUUUGAUCAUGCUAAUCACUCCUUGGGGAAUGGACAUGUCGUUCCCCUCUGGGACAUUGAUUCUCAGCAAUUCUAUGCCGCGCGAGCAUCAAGGAGUGGCCGGUUCACUGGUAAAUACGGUUGUGAAUUAUUCCAUAGCUCUUGGUCUCGGAUUUGCAGGCACAGUCGAGAGAUAUGUGGACCCUGAUGGUUCAGAUGUGCUCAAGGGAUAUCGGGGUGCUUCUUAUAUGGGUGUGGGUCUAGCAGGACUUGGCUCUAUUAUUGCGAUUUUAUUCAUGAUCGUAACUUGGCUCAAGUCCAGAAAAGUUGUCGAGUGA